UAUAAUAAUAAAAGACAUAGUCUUUUUCGAAAAAUCCCAUCACACCAAUCUCCAGGCCUUCAUACCUCUUAUAACCAAAUCUAUCUGCUUUCUCCUCUCCUCUCAUCACCAAACCCUAACCCUAGAAUUUAGAGAAACAAUGGCAAAUGAGGAUGUGGCCACCAUCAUCAAGAAGACCAUGUUAGUGCACCCAGCUAAACCUCACCCAAUCACAGCACUGCAGCUCUCAAAUCUAGACAGAAAGUGCCCUGAGCUCAUGUACUUGGUGUUCUUUUACGCUAAACCCCUCAAGAACUCGUCUAGUAAUUUCCUCACAGAGUUGAGGGAGGGUCUAGAGGAGACUCUAUCAGAUUGGUACCCAGCUGCAGGUAGGCUGAUGUUGGAUGGUGAAGGGAAGUUGAACCUUGAUUGUAAUAAUUUUGGUGCGCUUUGGGUUGAGGCCGAAGCUGCGGAAGUGAGAAUUUCAGAGCUUGGUGAGCUGUCAAUGGCUGAUAAGUUCUUGAAGAAGUUGGUGUUCAGGCCAAAGGUGUCCAGUGAUGGGUUAUUUGAGCUCCCUCUUGUUGUUGUGCAGGUGACCGAGUUCGGUUGUGGAGGAUAUGCCGUAGGAAUUGGAACAAACCAUGCACUCUUUGAUGGAUCGGCAAAUUUCAACUUCAUCAAUGCAUGGGCUUCAAAAGUAUCACGUAGGCGAGACGAGCAAUAUCACGCGGAGAUAUUUGAACCGAUACACGAGAGAGGGAGACUCUUGAUUGAUCAUUGUCAUUCUCAUGAAAUAGCCCACGAUACGAAUAAUGGGAUAUUGGCCUUUGAUCACCUAUAUCAGCUCAUCAAACAAGCCGUCUCUUUGGAAGAUAUCGGAAGGAAACAGCUUGACGAAGCGUACAAGAUUUCGGAGGAGGGAGAUGAGGAAGAAGUUGUUCUCAGGACAUUCACUGUGAGCAAGGAUAUGAUAGAAGAGCUAAAGAGCAAGGUCGAUGGGGGUUCGUGCACUUCCUUCGAAGUUUUAGCAGCUCACUUGUGGAAGGCAAGAACCAGAGCAACACAAAUACCAAAAGAGAGAACAGUGUGCCUCCAAUUCUCAAUUGACAUAAGACCCAAGCUCUCUCCCCCCUUACCCAGAUCCUUCACAGGCAAUGCAUACGUCCUCUCCUCAAUCUCAACCUCGUCAGAAUCCCUCCUUCAAGACCCCCUCUCCUCCGUUGUCCACGAAAUCCGACAAGCCAAAAACACGGUAGACGACAACUACAUACGAGCUUAUCUCGUAGCGCUUGAGGCUCCACGGUAUUGCGACAUCCUCCCUCCUCUGCCUGAGCUUUUAAUCGUAUCAGAUUGGAGACACACUCCUUUUCAUGAGGUUGAUUUUGGGACGGGAGAGGCGAUUUGCGCCGUUCCGUUGGCUGCACCGGUCCCGGAGGUGGCUUACUUUAUGAAGAGCUCAAGAGAGGAAGGAGGGGUUGAUGUUAGGAUCGGUUUGAUGAGGAAGCACUUGGUUGGUUUCUGUCAUUGUUUCUUGCAGACGAUGUAAGUUUUCUGUGCUGUGAGGUUUGCUAUGAGGGUAAAUUUCACAAACCCACCUGAACUUUGUGGGGUUUUCGACAAAACCCCUGAAAUUAUAAAUCAUAAAUUAAAACUUAUAAUCAAUUAUGAAUACAAAAGGCCAAGAAGCAUACGGGGGUUAAUUAUGAGCAAGUAAAGGCAAAUCAAGUCCAGAAAUAAGUAAAAAGUUAGCACAGCAUUCCCUAGCCUUUAUACCUCUCUCUGCAAUAUAUUGUUUCUCAAAACAAUUGUUCCUCCAUUUAUCAGAGACUUGCUCCACUAAAAUAGAGAGUAUGUACCCUUGAGUGCCUCAGUAAUUAAUCCAUCAAACUUCUAAUCAAUUCUUUCUCCAACAGUUUUUGACUUUUUAUUUCACCUAUAUAUUAAUGCCUUUCAUGAAAAUCUACAAUAAUUCGAGGGUUGAAUGCAAGUCUGAAAAUUCAGAGGGUCUUGUGAAAUUUACCCGUGAAGUAGCUUAUAGAGGACAGUGCAAGA